AUGGUGCUCGGAUUCUUUGAAGAAGAGCGAGCGUACGACUUUGUUGUCGUCGGCGGCAAUUGCGUUGCUGGCCGUCUGGCAGAAAACCCCAAACUUUCCAUCCUUGUCAUCGAGGCCGGCACCGACAAUCCCCUCAAAGAAGAGAGAAUUUCGACUCCUGCUCUCGCUUUCUCACUCGUCGAAAGCGAAUAUGACUGGCAAUAUCCCACCGCGUUCUGGGAUAGAGAUGGCGAAAAGAGGCAUGAAGCCAAGAUGACAAGAGGAAAGGUUUUGGGUGGAAGCAGUUGUUUGAACUACUACACCUGGUUGCGCGGAAGUCGUCCAACGUAUGACGAGUGGACCAGGUAUGGUGGCAAUGAGUGGAGCUGGGAUAAGUGCUUUCCCCACUUCCAGAAGAUGCGCGAUACACACCAAAUCCUUGAUCAUGAUCCUGCUCAUGUCGCUUCGAAUGAGGAUGGUCCACUGACCAUCAAUCCUGCCAUCCCCAUCCCACUCGCAUCAAAAUUGCAAGAAGCUUGGAAAUCUCAGGGUCAUCGCCUCAACGACGACAUCUACAACGGCACUGUUGAUGGCCUUGCGCACGUCUGUCACACAAUUGACUCUGGUCACCGCGUGCCCUCUACUGUGUUUCUGGAGGGCCACAAGAACAUCACUGUCAAGCCACGCACCAUGGUCCAUCGCUUACUCUUCAGCGGCGAGACGUGUGUUGGUGUACAGACGCAUGCGACAGACAAAUCCCAAGUAUACUAUGCUCGCCAGGAAGUCAUCGUGUGCGGCGGUGUCUACGAAAGCCCCAAGCUGCUCAUGCUGAGCGGUAUUGGUCCUUCGGGCCCGGACUCCAUGACUGAUUUGACAGCAAUCUCUUCUGGCAUUGGUCACAGCAUCCACUCCCCGCAUGUGGGUCAGAAUAUCCAAGAUCAUCCUGUUGCACCGCACUCGUUCAAGUUGAAGGAUGGCGAGAGUCUUGAUGAUGUGCUCAGACCGGGCGUCAAGAACAUGGAGGCUAUGGCUGAGUACAAACUCGCCAAAAAGGGUCCGUUAGCCUCGAGUCUACUGGAGAUGAGUGGGUUUGCCAGAGUCGACGACCGAUUUAAGAAAUGCAAAGAAUGGAGAGACGAAGAGGAGAAGAGAGGUCAUGAUCCCCUAGGCCCUGAAGGCCAGCCCCAUUUCGAGUUUGACUUUCUGCCAGAUCACGGAAACUACAUGACCAUCGUUGUCUCGCUCCUCCGACCACUCUCCCGUGGGUCCUUGACUCUGAAGUCUGCAGAUGCCCUCGAUUACCCUCUGAUCAACAUGAAUUACCUCGAUCACNCCCUUGAUGCUGUCGCAUUGCGCGAAGGUGUCCGUUUCGUUGAUGAAAUCAUCCUUAGAGGCGACGGCAUGAAGGACAUCGUUAUUGGCGAAUACCCCGAGGGUGACGGUAGCAUUGUCAAGGGAGAGGCACAGGCGAACGGAUCCAGCGACGGGGUCUACGGUGCUCCGAAAGGCGAAAAAGAUGAGGGCAAGAGUGUCGAGGGUAACUCUAAGCACAUGUUGGGCUUGGACAAGGUGAGAGACAGCGACGAGGGUAUGGCUGAAUGGCUCAAAGGUCGUGUAACCAGUGGAUACCAUCCCUGCGGUUCAUGCAGAAUGGGUCCGACCAUUGAAGAAGGUGUUGUCAAUGGUCGUCUCCAAGUCCAUGGUGUCCGCAACUUGCGUGUCAUCGAUGCGAGUGUCUUCCCACUUAUCCCGGAUGCAAGGAUUCAGAAUCCGGUCUAUAUGGUUGCCGAGAAGGGAGCCGACUUUAUCAAGCAGGAUCAUCCUGCUCUGUACCAGCCCAAAGAGAGUCUAGUAAACAGAGUCAAGGGUCUGGUGUUGUAG